GGAUUCAUGGCAUUACAUACCUUUAUGAAUGCUGUCAUUGGAGUUUUUCGUUUGUACUUGUUCAUCACGUCGACGAUUCGCCGUCGUCGUCCGGAGUUAUCUCCGAAUCCAGACUUUUACCAGACGCACGUAAACAACAUCAAUAGGCUUGUAAGGGGUAAUGACGUGGACUGCCACGACCAAUUGAGGGUGAAUAGACACACUUUUUUGAGAUUAUGUUGUUUAGUUAGAGGUGUUGGGUUAAGGGACUCACGUAACGUAUGUCUUGAGGAGAGGGUAGCAAUAUUCUUGUGGGUCCUCGGUCACCAUACGAAGCAGAGGCGUACAAAAUUUGAUUUUUACAGGUCUGGUGAGACAAUAAGUAGGCAUUUUAAUACUGUACUCCAAGCUGUCUUGCGCCUUCACCGAAUGCUCCUAGAGACGCCCGAGCCUGUACCUGCUAACUAUCAAGACAGUAGGUGGAAUUGGUUUCAGAAUUGUCUUGGGGCACUGGAUGGGACGUACGUGCCAGUAAAUCCCCCGGCCGCAGACAGGGCACGAUAUAGGUCGAGGAAGGGUGAGAUUGCUACAAAUGUCUUAGGUGUUUGUACCCGGGACCUUAAAUUUGCCUAUGUAUUGGCUGGUUGGGAAGGAUCGGCCACUGACUCUAGAAUUCUUGGAAAUGCCAUGGAAAGACCCCACGGUCUUAGAGUGCCCCGUGGACAUUAUUACCUUGUUGAUGCCGGUUACACCAAUGGGGACGGUUUCUUAGCACCAUACCGUGGCCAACAGUAUCACAUCAACAUUUGGAGGCAAUGUCAUUUGCCAACAACCAAAGAGGAGUACUUCAACAUGAAACACUCCGCCGCUAGAAAUGUCAUUGAGAGAUGCUUUGGGGUUCUCAAGAUGCGGUUUGCAAUCUUGAGAUCGCCCUCCUAUUACCCGAUAAAGACUCAAUGUCGUAUCAUGUCAGCAUGUUGUCUUCUACAUAAUCUAAUUAAGAGAUAG